CGAUCCAGCUCACUAGAUGCUGUCAACGAUACAGAGAAAGUCUUCAACUUCAACGGCUACCACACCCUUUGAUAUCCAAUUACGAAAGUACCCUCACCAAUCAACAACAUAAAACAAUCAGCAAUUAUAAAACUAACGUUCUAAAAACCACACUGUCUUGUGGGCGCUGACCAAGUCGCUAACAGCGAAUCAUUGAUUAGGUUAAUCCAUGUUGUAGUAUAUUAAUUAGACACUCCUAUUGCAUUGGUAUCACACUGUCACUCAAAACGUAUACAGAACAGGUUCUAGUAUGUCCAAUUCGCAACCCUCAGAGUAUGAUUCAACCGGCGGCGGGGACGAGAGGUCCAACUCUCUCUUAGCCAACGCGCGCUGCAGCUUCUGCUUCACCUGCUGUUUCGGUUCCCGGCACCGCUCAGCCGUCGCCGGAUUCGCGUGGUGGGAGCGCGUGCGUGCCACCUCGUCGCUGUCCGAGUCGCACUCCGAACCAGCGACAGGGAGCCCCGCUGCCCGGCGCUGGUGGUCGCCGGGUGCCACCGCCUUCAUGAAGGUGCGCGAGUGGUCAGAGCUCGUAGCCGGGCCCCGGUGGAAGACCUUUAUCCGGCGGUUCAACCGCAGCCGAAGUGGCGUUUCGCGGCACGCGCCAGGGAAAUACCAGUACGACCCCUUGAGUUACGCCUUGAACUUCGACGAGGGGCAUAACGGGGAUUUUGAUGAUGAAGGUUACGAUGGGUUACGGAAUUUCUCCACCCGUUACGCCGCGGCUCCUCCGUUAAAGUCUGUCCCCACGAAUUCCAAUCAAGACGUCGCCGUUUUGGGCUAGAGAAAAGCUAUAGCGUAGCUGCACGGAUUAUGCUGUGUGGUGUCGAUUUUUGGAAUUUCACUUCGAUAAGUUACAAGUGCAGUUUUGUGUAUUUUACUAUAAUAUCAUUAGUCAUAGCGUCUUAGAUUUUCUUACUGUAAACUCCUUUACAUUUUUUUAAUUGAUACCUUUUUAAAGCAUUAUCCUCCGUA